AUGGACGCGGACCCCCCGGGACUGUGCGUGGGGUUCGUCGGCCUGGUUAGCCAUGACCGGACGCGGGUAAUCCUGCCGCUCGCCGCGGCCUGCCACUCCCGCAUGCUGCAAAACCUCCUCCAGGCGGUUCACCUCAGCUGUGUUGCGAACGCGCCGUUGCCGCCGCGGUUUCUCCCCCCUCCCUCUCUCCACCCCGACGAGGAGGGGGAAGACGCCUUCGUCUCCUUCGCGGCGGCGUACCCCAGCCUCAACGGGGGCGAAACCCACGCCGCGCCCUUCCUCAACGUACCCCUGCACUGCAUGGAGCUCGACACCCUCGUGCGCAUUGCGGACUUCCUGCUGCGAAAGGCCUGUGAGGGCUACGUCGUGGCGAAGAGGCAGCGUCAAGUCCAGGCGUACCAGCGAUCCCGUGAGGACGGCGGUGGGGCUCCCGAGUCGUUUCAGGAGGAGCCGUGGACCCCUGUCGAGCGCGGCGGUGCCGUGGCCGUGCUGAGGGACCUCGAUCGAACCUCGCAGGUGGAUCAGCUCAGGGCGAUUCAACUCCUCCUCGGCUCCGACUUCCUGGGGUGCUGA